AUGACUGUCACAGACUUGUUUUGGGCACAUCCUGUCAGUUUAGAUUUGCUUCGUUCAUUUCUAAAGCUGAUUGAUAACUAUGUUUGGGUGUUAACUACAUUGCGUAGUCUCUUGGAUGACAUUGCUAUUCCUGAGGUGAUUAUCACGGACAGGAAGCUUGCUUUGAUGAAUGCUAUUGACAAGGUGUUUUCUACAUCUCGACAUUUAUUAUGCCGAUGGCAUAUUAGUAGAACUGUACUGGCAAAAUGCAAGAAAAUGUUUGAGAGUAAGAAGAAAUGGGACAAGUUUAUCUCUUCAUGGAAUUUCUUAGUACUCUCCUCGACUGAGCUUGAAUAUAAUAAAUGCCUUGCCAUGCUACUUGCGGAUUUUGAUACAUAUCCUGAGGCAGUGCAAUACGUGUCACAAAAUAGUUGUAUGCACUUCGGGAAUGUUACAACCAAUAGGGCUGAAAGUGCACAUGCAAAACUUAAACAACUACUUGGUUCUAACCAAGUCAAUUUUGAGUGUUCUUGGACCAAGAUCCAUAGUUCGCUUGAGUUGCAGCACGUUGAUAUUAAGGCAUCGUUUGAGAAGAGUUUAACCGUUGUACAACAGCAGUUCAAACUAUCCCAUUUUAGAGAGCUCCGAGACAAUAUCUCUAUUACUGCAUUAGAUCAUGUCUUAGCAGAGAGUAAGCAAGUGGAUGAUGUUGGCAUUGAUGCUUCUAUGUGUGGAUGUGUUGUUUGA